AUGGCGGCCGCCGCUACAGAUGGAUGGGAUUAUCCGAAGGGAAGUGAUGGGCCGCUUGGAGCGGCCACAGGGCUUGGCGCGGCCACGGGCGUGACAUUCGGCGACGGUGUCGCCGAAUGGCAUGCUGGAACAACCAUAACCCGGUCGAUUUUCCG